CCUAUGGCUCCCUCGUCGCCGUCACCAGAGGUCUGCUUCAACACCCAGUGCCCCUGGACCGGCAUAACUUUCAACACCUACGAUUUAGGAUUGGCCCAGGUCCGUCCCAAUUGGUUGACUUUGGAUGGUUUGGGAAUCCGGCUCCAUUUUUCCGCUUUAAAAUAUGAAAAUUAAAAGAAAAGAAAAAGAAGAACCUGAAGCUGGCGAAUGACGAGAAAAUUCUCCUUCCCUCGAUCACGUGGCCGACUGAAAGGCGAAGUCCUCGUCCCGCGAAGGAAAUGAAAGAGGCCAAAUCCAACCCCGCGAAAUCGGUGAGGACUCGAGCGCCGACCGCCGGCGAGCUUGACGGCGAAGGUAUGAUGGAGAUAUCAUUGCUCAAGACAUUGCUCAAUAACAUCACAUGCUUUGAUCUCUUGUCUUCCAGCAAUGCUAUAAAAUCGGAGCUGGUUACAAGAUACGUCAGAAAAAUUGAUGAAAUCUUGGAGAUUUUGAAACCAGUGCUUGAUCAAGCUGUUGCUUCUAAGAUAUCGUCAGAUGGGAAACUGAUUCUAUUGUUGAAAGAACUUGAUGGUGUUGUCAAUGAAGCUAGGGAACUUGUUGGGUGCUGGCACCCAACGAUGAGUAAAGUUUAUUUUGUUUUGCAAAUUGAAUCCAUAAUAGCAAAUAUAUGGAAAUACUCCAUUGAAGUAUGCCAACUACUUAAUUCGACUUCAACACCUAUCGAGCAUUAUGUACAGAAAAUUCAACACAUCCAUUAUGAACAGAUAUCAGAUGUCAUUAAAGAGGCCAUAAGAGAUCAGAGGGAGAAAUUUAUUCCUAAGCCUGAGCUUUUAGAUAAAAUUUUGAACUCUCUGAGCUUGUCAUCUAAUCAAGAAUUGCUGAUGGAGGCUGCUGCCCUUGAGAAAUUUAAAAUGAAGGUUGGCCAUGGUGAAAACCAUAUAGAAGUGGAAGACAUUGAUCAUAUGAUUGCACUUAUCACUAGUAUGCAUGAGUGCCUGGUUAAAAUAAAACAGUUGCACAGCAUUAAUGGGGUGCCAAUUCCUGCUGAUUUUUGCUGCCCACUGUCCCUAGAACUGAUAUCCGACCCAGUGAUUGUGGAUUCUGGUCAAACAUAUGAGCGGGCAUUUAUUAGAAAAUGGCUUGAUCAAGGUUUUAAUGUUUGUCCCAAGACACGUCAAACACUUGGGAACACUAAUUUGGUUCCCAACUACACUGUUAAGUUAUUAAUUGCCAACUGGUGUGAGUCAAAUGACAUCAAGCUUCCAGAUCCCAUGAAAUCCAUUAGUAUGAAUCUCUCUUUGUCUUCUCUAAGCCCCAUAGAUUCAAGUUCUAAUGACUGCAAUGUUCCUUAUUCUGGUCAUUCUCCAAGGGCUAAUCAUCCAAGAUCGCCAGAAUCUAACAAGUGUAUGAUAAGUUCACAUAAGGAUUCACAUUUGUCCAGUGGAGACCUCCAGGGAAAUUAUUUGCAUGAGAAGCCUUUGUCUCCACGUCGUAGUUCCCUACCUGUGGCGUUAUCUUUGCAACUUGAAAACAGGUGUGAUGCAAAUACUGCAAGAUUAUCGUUAGUGACUGCUGUUGAUUCUGGUGGCCAAACUGCUAAUCAAACAAAACAGGAUUCUCAAGCCUCCAUGGUUGAUGGGCAAUUUCAGGGUCAUAAACAAAGUAUUUCUGCCUGCAGUUCUGUUUCAGAUAAUGAUUAUCCUCAAGGUACUGGAGAUGCAAAUGUGGUGUCACGAGUUUCCAGUGACCUCACACAUUACAGCAGUGAUGCCUCAGGAGAAGUUACACAAGACACUCCAGCUUCCUCCGGAGAAGUUACACGAGAGACUCCAGCUUCCUCUGCUCCUCAGAGAGAACCUGAAUUCCCUCCAAGGUUGGGUGAGGCUCGUUUUAGAAGCCAAACCAUUUUUCAAUGGCCAUCCAUCCCUAGGAUCAUAUCUUCUCCAUCUAUGGAUUCCAGGCCUGACCUCUCAGGUGUUGAGACCCAAGUUCGUAAGUUGGCUGAGGAUUUGAAAAGUGAUUCGGUUGAUGUGCAGAGAGCUGCUACAGCAGAGCUGCGUUUUCUUACUAAACACAAUAUGGAAAAUAGAGUUGUCAUUGCAAACUGUGGAUCUAUAAGCUUGUUAGUUGAUCUGCUUAAUUCAGUGGACCCUGAGACUCAGGAGAAUGCUGUAACUGCACUUCUGAACUUAUCAAUCAAUGACAACAACAAGAUUGCCAUUGCAAAUGCUGGUGCCAUUGAUCUUCUUAUUCAUGUGCUAGAGACGGGGAACUGUCAAGCAAGAGAGAACUCAGCUGCGACCUUAUUUAGCCUUUCAGUGAUUGGAGAAAAUAAGGUUAGGAUCGGACGAUCAGGCGCAAUUAGACCUCUGGUUGAAUUAUUAGGAAAUGGGACUCCUCGAGGAAAGAAAGAUGCUACAACUGCAUUGUUUAAUCUAUCGAUAUUUCAUGAGAACAAGGUUCGUAUAGUGCGGGCUGGGGCUGUAAAUCCCUUAGUGGAGCUGAUGGACCCAGCAGCUGGUCUGGUUGAUAAGGCUGUGGCUGUUUUGGCAAACCUUGCGACAAUACAGGAGGGCAGGACCGCAAUUGGUCAUUCGGAAGGGAUCCCUUCCCUUGUGGAAGUUGUCGAAUUGGGAUCUGCAAGAGGAAAAGAAAAUGCUGCUGCAGCUUUGCUUCAACUCUGUACAAAUAGUAAUAGAUUCUGUACUCAAGUUCUUCAACAAGGUGCUGUGCCUCCAUUAGUAGCAUUAUCACAGUCAGGGACACCACGAGCUAAAGAAAAGGCACAUGCUCUUCUUCGCUAUUUCCGAGAUCAACGGCAAUGCAAUGCAGGGAGGGGAUGAUGCUGACAUACACUUUUGCAAUAUACCUGUAACACUCAGUCUUAUGUAAUUAUAAGUUGGAUCCUAUCUGAUUCUGUUAAGCGCCGACAUUGGUGUCAUGAGUUAAGUGCGCGAUGUUUUCGAAGUUUACUCUCAUGUUAAGUAGAUCAGAUAAUUGUUCCAGGGAUGUUUCCUUGUAAAAAAGACUGAGCUGUAAAGGUCUCUUGGAAGUCCAUUGAUUCUUUGUUUGUCUUGGUACUGUUGACUGUUGUAUAUGCCUUUUCCUAUGCUAGUGUAAACUAAGGUGCAUGUUCUUUU